UUGCUCACGUCCGAAGUCAGGCUGCGGCUGGAUUGGGAUGGGGGAGGCUUGGCAUCGGAGCAACUGAAGAGAGGAGCUUUUGAACCCGAAGGGGGUACUUCUGCAAGCAUUUUUGUCCUGCCGAACACCGUUUUUAAAAAGCCAACGGCCGCCCUGGGAGAGGCCCCGGCGCAUGAAUCAUCCUCGCUUCCUGCCCCCGCCCGGCCCCGCGCUCCGGGUGCCGCGGAUUUGAACUGGACGCCGACGGGAACCCGCAAACAGGCAUUUCUUUGCAGAUGGGUUUGAAUCAGCCAAUCACAGCCCGCGGGGGCCCGCUCCGGGAGGAUGGAGGCGCGGGUUGGGGGGGCCGCCACCCGGGGGCCCCCCGCCCGGCCAAGGGGGGCGCGGCGACCGGGCCUGCUCCCAACGGCACGGCGGGGGAGGAAGUGUCAGUUUGUGAACCUGCCGCGGCCCGGGCCCCAGGCCCGGCGGGCAGGGACCUUGCAGCGCGUCCGGGAGCCAGGUGCCAGGAAGAAGGCAGAGAUUUGGUCUGCACACCCUGCCCAGUGCCUGUGCGCUCUGGCCUGGAGAAAAGAGAGGAUGAGAGGGGUGGAGAGAGGAGGGGAUGUGGCCGCGCCACCAUCUGGAGAGUGAAGACCCCAGCAAUGCCCUGCCUGCCUCAAGGCCCCUGACAUGCACACACAUGUAUUCCAAUUCAUAUACGCACUGCCACAAGGCUGUAGACAUCAGUCUCACAGGAGUACACGCUCACUCACACGGAAAAACACCCAGGACUCUCUCCCCGUCUACAGUGUCAGUAGAAGCUGAUGGAGAGUCGAGGUCUGGACCCAGGGACACGGGACUCCUAUGGUGCCAACAGCCACCUCCCCAACAAGGGGGCCCUGGCAAAAGCCAAGAACAACUUCAAAGACCUGAUGUCCAAGCUGACGGAGGGCCAGUAUGUGCUGUGCCGGUGGACAGAUGGACUGUAUUAUCUCGGGAAGAUCAAGAGGGUCAGCAGUUCUAAGCAGAGUUGCCUUGUGACUUUUGAAGAUAAUUCCAAAUACUGGGUCCUGUGGAAGGACAUACAGCAUGCUGGUGUUCCCGGGGAGGAGCCCAAGUGCAACAUCUGCCUGGGGAAGACAUCAGGGCCCCUGAAUGAGAUCCUCAUCUGCGGGAAGUGUGGCCUGGGUUACCACCAGCAGUGCCACAUCCCCAUAGCAGGCAGUGCCGAUCGGCCCCUGCUCACACCCUGGUUCUGCCGACGCUGCAUCUUCGCGCUGGCUGUGCGGAAAGGCGGCGCGCUGAAGAAGGGCGCCAUCGCCAGGACGCUGCAGGCCGUGAAGAUGGUGCUGUCCUACCAGCCCGAGGAGCUCGAGUGGGACUCGCCUCACCGUACGAACCAGCAGCAAUGCUACUGCUACUGCGGCGGGCCUGGAGAAUGGUACCUGCGGAUGCUGCAGUGUUACCGGUGCAGGCAGUGGUUCCACGAGGCCUGCACCCAGUGUCUCAAUGAGCCCAUGAUGUUCGGAGACCGGUUCUACCUGUUCUUCUGCUCCGUGUGUAACCAGGGCCCAGAGUACAUCGAGAGGCUGCCCCUGCGAUGGGUUGAUGUGGUUCACCUGGCCCUCUACAACCUGGGGGUGCAGAGCAAGAAGAAGUACUUUGACUUUGAGGAGAUUCUGGCCUUUGUCAACCACCACUGGGAGCUCCUGCAGCUUGGCAAGCUCACCAGCACCCCUGUGACGGACCGAGGACCGCAUCUCCUCAACGCUCUGAACAGUUACAAAAGCCGGUUCCUCUGUGGCAAGGAGAUCAAGAAGAAGAAGUGCAUCUUCCGCCUGCGCAUCCGCGUCCCGCCCAACCCACCCGGGAAGCUGCUGCCGGACAAGGGCCUGGUGCCCACGGAGAACAGCGCCCCCUCUGAGCUGCGUAAGAGAGGAAAGAGCAAGCCUGGUUUGUUGCCUCACGAAUUCCAGCAGCAGAAAAGGAGAGUUUAUAGAAGAAAAAGAUCAAAGUUUUUGCUGGAAGAUGCUAUCCCCAGUAGUGACUUUACCUCCGCCUGGAGCACCAACCACCACCUGGCCAGCAUAUUUGACUUCACGCUGGAUGAAAUCCAGAGUUUAAAAAGUGCCAGCUCAGGCCAGACCUUCUUCUCAGACGUCGACUCCACCGACGCCGCCAGCACCUCUGGCUCCGCUUCCACCAGCCUCUCCUACGACUCCAGACGGACAGUGGGCAGCCGCAAGAGGAAGCUGGCGGCCAAAGCGUACAUGCCACUGCGGGCAAAGCGGCGGGCGGCCGAGCUGGGUGGACGCUGCCCCUCGGACAGCAGUGCAGAGGGGGCCUCGGGUGCUGAGCGGCCAGAUGAGGGCAUCGAUAGCCACACAUUUGAGAGCAUCAGUGAGGAUGACUCGUCCUUGUCCCACCUCAAGUCAUCCAUCACCAACUAUUUUGGUGCAGCUGGGCGGUUAGCCUGUGGGGAGAAGUACCAGGUGUUGGCUCGGAGGGUCACACCUGAGGGCAAGGUUCAGUACCUGGUGGAGUGGGAAGGGACCACUCCUUACUGACCAGCCCCCAGGGGAUGCCAGGAGCCCUGGAAACCAAAGGAGAGACAGUGGACACCACAGGCUCCCCAGGUCUCUCCAGGCUGGGGUGGGGGAGGGAAGCAAGACAGAGCUGCAAGUGCCUGGCCAAAGCCCCGCCUGCCCACCAGGCCCGGGCCUGUGCCUCUCGGCUGGGCCCGGCCUGCGCGCGGGCCUCCUCGGGCUCACCACCCCUCUGCCUGUAUCUCUGAGGUCCCACUGGCUAUGGCUCCGUGUCUACACACGCCCUCAAACUGUUGACCUAUUCCUCUGAACUAGUGUCCUGCUGGCUCUGUGGCCUGUUCCUGAGGCCCGAGUCUGUCUUUGUCCCCAGUGUGUCCAGUGUCUCUCUCUCUCAUCCCUUUUGGGUGUGUAUUUAUACACCCAGUUUGCACACCUGAUCCAUCCCAGGAACCACAUAAUGAGAACAUAAACCUUGGAGAAAGGCUGGGUGAAGGUGGGCACGAGGAUGCCUUGAGGACCCUCUCUCUCAACUUCCUGCCACUCCUCCUGGCUUGGGGAAGAGGUGGUGAGGGUGGAAGAAGGCCUCUGAGAAAGCCUGUGUGGCAGGGACCCUGGGCUCUCAGGAUCUGAGGAGUAAAGAGGCCGAGUCCCUGCUUCAGAAGGCACCAGCACCAGAGCCCAAUGAUUAUGGCCAAGAAUGAAGGCUGCAGUGUCAGCUUCUGAGAACCCAGAAGUCUUCCCUUCCCUGGCCACACCCUCUCUCUGUUACCAUGGAGCUGGACCUGGCCUUGCAGACCGAAGGGACGGGGAGAGGAAGUGAGGGGAGGAAAGGAAGCCGUGUCCUGUUCCAGCUCAGCAGGCGUACACACACCACACACACAGCCACACGUUCCGCAACCCCCACCCCUCCACCCCCUGCCAGCCUGGCUCCUGCCCCUGGCUUUCCCUGGCCCUCUUCCCGGGGGCCACAUGCUGCAACUAAAUGUGAAAGUCUGGCUCCUGCCUACGAAGCAGCUCUGACCCCAGAGGGAAGUGUAGGGAACUCAUACCCUCUUAGCCCCUGCCCUGCCUGAAACUGACAAUCAUUUUGGGGGCAGGCUGGGAUUUUUAAAGGGCUUGAGUCAUUCAGUCCUCUCAAAGGGAAGCCUUUGGUCAGUGGGAGUAUAAACACAGUUCUUAGAAUCGACAUUUGAAACUCAGAUCCAUCUGGAGGGAGACCAAAAAUGGGAGGGGGAGGAGACGACUCAUUUUUGCUGCUUCCAGAGGUAUUAGAAACUGACUCACUUGAUUGGAAAAUAAUAAGUGCCUUGACUGGGGCAGGGGUGCACCAGAUGGGGACCAGCCUUGCCAGCUGCUGCUGUGGCCUUCAGCUUGGCUGGGUUUUGGAGGCUGCCAGCUGUAAGGCGAAGGCGGAUGGACAAUGGCGGGGGUGGGGGGCAGCAGGCCUGGAGCUGGUUUUCCUAUUAAUAGGCUGGCCUCCCUCCCCUUCUGUGAGCACUCAAGGGUCCCUGAGAUAGUUCAGAUGCCCCUUGCCUCCAACCUCAGCUCCAACAGUGCCUUUCAACUGGGACCUCACCUCCUGCACACAGCCCACGACUUCCCUCUGCUUCCCAGCAGUCUAGGCAGAGACCAGCUGGUUGGGCCCAGUUCUCUCCCUUCUCAGCCCCACAGCUGCUGCCACUGAAGACCCCAAGCUGGGGCCAGGUGGAAGGGGAGCUGAGAAGGCAGUGCCCAGUCCAGCUGGGGGGUGAGACCUGGGGUCCAGCUGGUGGCUUCCUGCCUGCUCCAGAGAGCUAACAACCCCCCAGGCCUCCCGUGCUUCCUCAGCAGCUUUCCAGGCUGAGAGCACAGGAUGGGCAAAGCCUGUUGGAGCUUCUGCGCCUCCUCUGCUCAAGCUCCAGAGGCUCUGGGCUUCAAGAGGGGGAGAGAGGGAGAGGGUGUCUUCCCCUCUGGAGAUCAGCAUACGGCCUGGCAAGGUCCCCCCCGACUCCACACUCCAGCAUUUCACUCAUACCUGGUAACAGCUGCAUUACUGCCAACUGACCUUAUCAUAACCCUGUGCACCUUCAAAAAGAUUUAUGGUUUUGAAUUGCUGCUUUUAGUAACAUUUGUUAUAUUAAAAUUAUAAUUAAUGUGUCUGAUCUACAAUUUAAA